AUGUCGCGUCGUCUCUUGAUCUCCCUUUGCUCCGCGGCUCUUGCCGUCGCUUCGGUGGAAGCUGAAGUUGAGCGGGUCCAAAAUGGGAUGCUCGAGACCCAAGCAGGCCUGGAGGGUCAAACUUCCCUAGGUGUCCAAGAGGCUUCAUUGCACCGCAAAGUCGGCGGUCGCAUGACGCAACCCGUCAUGCUGGUGACUCUUAUGGCAGCUCUCCUCGGUUUAGUGUUCGUUGUUGUUCAAUGCGUCAAGAACAUCGGUGGCCACCAGAAGGUGGAGUCGAAGCUGGUUCUUAGGAGGCUUGCCGCAGGCGGAGAAGAUGAUCCUUGCUCUGUAAGUUGUGAAACAUUUCUCCCUUAUUGGGGUAGAGUGCGCAGCCGAGUGCCUUCUGUGUUUCAGUGGUGGGAUUCUACUCAUUUCUCCCUUAUUGGGGUAGAGUGCGCAGCCGAGUGCCUUCUGUGUUUCAGUGGUGGGAUUCUACUAAUGCGAUCCAUCUCUGGGUUAGCUUCUAUCGAGAACGGUUCUCGCCUUGACCUAAGCUAUCAGGUUCCUCUCAAGCUUGUCGCCAGAAGUGUGCUUGUCUGUGCUGAGUUUGAACAACGCCAACGGUAG